CCACUCCUCCGCACUGACGACGUUCACGAACGACUUUCUCGAUUAUAUAUCUUCAAUUUCUUAGAACUGCGCAAUGGCCGAGGGCAGCAACUAUGACUAUCUCUUCAAGGUUGUGCUGAUUGGAGACUCUGGCGUCGGGAAAUCUAACCUGCUCUCGCGGUUCACACGUAACGAGUUCAACCUCGAGUCGAAGUCCACCAUAGGCGUUGAAUUCGCAACGCGGUCAAUAAAUGUGGAUGGAAAGACUGUGAAGGCCCAAAUUUGGGAUACCGCCGGCCAAGAACGCUACCGUGCUAUCACCUCUGCGUACUACCGCGGGGCUGUCGGUGCCCUCCUUGUGUACGACAUCGCGAAGCACGCAACCUACGUGAACGUUACUCGGUGGUUGAAGGAGCUCCGCGACCAUGCAGACUCGAACAUCGUGAUCAUGCUGGUUGGUAACAAGAGCGAUUUGAAGCACUUGCGGGCUGUACCUACGGAGGAGGCGAAGACAUUCUCUACGGAGAACGGACUGUCUUUCAUUGAGACGUCAGCGCUAGACGCGUCGAACGUCGAAUCAGCCUUCCAGACAAUUUUGACGGACAUCUAUCGGAUCGUCUCUAGCAAGUCGCUCGAGCAGUCUGCGGACCCCAUCAAGCCGCCCACUGGUGACACGCUCACCGUCAGCCCGAGUGUGGACAACAGCGCCAAUGCCCAGGGAGGCAAGUGCUGCUAAGCGACCACCAUCCACCUCGUAUGGCUUCCGCAAAGUAGUUUCGGGAGCCGCUCACUUCGCGUUGGCUAACUUGACGUUGGUCGCGCCAUUCUCCUUCUGGUUUAUGUCUUCGUGCACCCCUGUGUAUACUCUAGGCUCCGAUGUGUGGUUGUUUUCUACUGGGAAUAAUAGCUUGUUGUGG